GCUCUCAAUGUGUCAGUGAGGUUCGGUCAGCGGAACAGGGACAACCUCAGAAGGACUUGCCGCUCCCAACUCAAUUGCCGGAAGUGUACGCCCUAGUCGAUGGUACGACCAUUUCCCAACAUGGCCGGGACUGUGUCGGUCAUCUGGCUGAUGCUCUCCAUGGCACCUUGGCCGCAGGCGCAGAGCACGGAUUCAUUUUCGGGUGGAGAGACGACUCGGUCUUCAACGUUCGUCCAAUGUCAGUCGCGUUUGGAAACGUUCCAAUGUCCGGAUUCGGGUCUGUGCAUUCCCAUUGAUCAGAAAUGUGACGGACAGCCGCAAUGCUCCGAUGGAUCCGACGAAAGGGGGUGUCGCAAGCCUUUCGCGUGUUUGGGAAAGCACAUGUUCAAAUGCGAGUCGGGGGACGAGUGCAUCUCGAUGUUCUGGAAAUGUGACGAUGAUUUCGAUUGCCGGGAUCGAUCCGACGAGAAAAAUUGCAAUCCCUUCAUUAAAGAAAGGAAUCAUACUUGCGACCAAAACGAAUUCACAUGUCACAACGGACUGUGCUUACCCAACGUGUGGAUGUGCGAUGGCCAAAAGGAUUGCACUGACGAGAGCGAUGAAAGCCCCGAGACGUGCGACAUUCAAGCCCGAUCACAGAAUGACUCUGCUGACCCCGAACACGACGGCGAGGUUCAAGGAGAGGACCUCAAAGUCGACUGCGAUGAUGGAUUUACAUGCCAAUCCCAACCCAACAAAUGCUUGCCACUCCGUUGGGUGUGUGAUGGAACUCGAGAUUGUGAAGACGGAUCUGACGAAGGCGACAAAUGUCAAGAGCGCCAUCGGAAUUUGACGGGAGCUGAUUGUGCCAUAGGGCAAUUCCAAUGCGGAGAUCUGUGUCUGGAGCCUUCUUUAGUUUGCGAUUUAGUGCCUCAUUGCGAAGAUGGUUCAGACGAAGGGGCCACUUGUGGUCAAACACAGUGCGAGCAACUGAAAUGCCAACAGAGCUGUGCUGCCACGCCCAAAGGGGGAAUGUGCACCUGUUUCCCGGGUUUCAACAUGACUCGAUCGGGCCACUGCGAGGACAUCGACGAAUGCGCAACUUUCGGACAAUGCAGCCAGAUUUGCAUCAACACACGUGGUUCGUUCGAGUGCACGUGUCAACCGGGUUAUCGACUGAAUCGCCUGACGAGAACUUGCGAAGCGGCAAACGGAACGCCCUUACUCCUGUUCUCCACCCGCAAUGAGAUCCGAGGGAUCGAGUUUGCACCCGGUAUGACCCGGCAAUUCUCCGUGGCUUUGGAUCGCCACCAACUGAAGGAGGCCAUUGGUGUGGGCUUUGAUGGCAUGGGCAACCGGGUGUUUUGGACCUCGAUCCAGGAUCGACAGGAAGGGAUUUCCACCGCCCAAUUGGACGGCUCUCGGCUCGAGACCUUCAAGACCGGUCAACUGGUGAUGCCCGAGGAUUUGGCCAUUGACUACCUGGGACGAAACGUGUAUAUUACCGAGUCCACCAAGCGCUUCAUCAUGGUCUGUAGCAUCAACACCAACGACUGCGCUCAAUUGGUCCAUGAGACGGGCAAACCUCGAGGGAUUGCCGUGUUCCCGGAGGCGGGUCUGAUGUUCUUUUCAGAUUGGGAUACUCCGCCACAAAUUGUCCGAGUGGGAAUGGAUGGCUCGGAAAGACGGCCGAUCGUCACGAAAGAUAUUCACUGGCCUAAUGGAAUCGUGGUCGAUAUCGUGUCCGAGCGAAUCUACUGGGCCGAGGCUUUCUUCAACCGCUUGGAGUCGGCGGAUCUCAACGGGGAGGAUCGACGGGUCAUCCUAGAGCACGUGAUCCAUCCCUUUUCAGUGGCCGUAUUUGAGGACACUUUGUUCUGGUCGGAUUGGCAUGUCAAGGAAAUCCAGAGUUGUAACAAGUUCACGGGCAAAAAUCGAACCGUGUUGAUCAAGGCCCCCAAGAUUGAGCCUAUGGGUCUGACUUUGUAUCAUCCGCUAUUGGAGCCGCGUUCCGGGAUGAAUCCGUGUUCAGCCUCCUUUUGCUCUCAUUUGUGCCUACUCACCCCCAACCAAGGCUCCGUGUGUCACUGUCCAGGAGGGAUGGCCUUGGCCAAAGAUGGAGUAACCUGCCAACUUAAGGCACCACAGACUGUUGCCACCACGAAACCCACUACGAAGAUCCCGACCACCUCGGCCUCCACCACGGUUAUCGACCUCGUGGACGAAAUGGAGCAACCCAAUUACGAAGAUAUCAUCGAAAUCAAUUCCCGCGUGUACCAUAUCAACGACUUGAAUCUCACCAUGACGAAGAAGCCCUUAGAUCGGCACCAAGGCCAUGACGACUGGUACGGCGAUGAUGAUGAUGAUGAUGAUGUGUCGUCGUCCUCCGCCGCCAGCUCUUCCAAUUAUGACACUGAAGGUCUCGUGAUUGGCAUCCUGGUUUUUGUCAUUUGCACCAUUCUGAUUGCGCUCUCCGUGUACUGUUGCUUGAAGCAUCGGCAAUCCAAGAAAAGCUCAUUUUCCAUGCACUUUCGUAAUCCGGCCUUUGGUCGCCAUCACUUGCCCUCGACGAGCGAGGAGCUGAAAGACGUGGAAGUGUGCAAAGACGGCCAGUAUAACAAAUUCGGACAGGAUUGCGACCCCACCCUUCACCCUCGCCACACCCAAAAUCACCACGGAGAUCGACUCGACUACUCCACCAGUGACUAUGAUCUGAGGGUUUACCCCGAGGACCCGCUCCCGUCCCCUUCCACGAAUCUACCACGCUCAUCGACCAAUCCCAAUCUGCUUCACUUGGAUCCCCGGUAUGACACGCUGGACAGCCAGAAGAGCUCGAUGCCAGACAGUUCCAGGCAGAGCGAGGCUACUCCGGCCGCGUCCACUUCGGGUUUGGAGGAUGAGGAUGAAGAUCGAUUGGAUUCCGUCUCAUUGGGCGAUGAUUACAACGACAAGACUCGACUUAUUCCCUGAACUUGAAAUCCUUUACUUCAUAUCUCGCCCUUUUUUUUCUACGGAACUUAUUUUACUCAGACUUUCUUAUGGUUUACGCAAUAUACUAAUUAUGAACUUUUA